GAUGCAGUGGAAGGGCACGUCGGAUGGGCUUCUGUGGCUGGCAUGAGUGUCUGAGAUUGGGGCUAUAUCAGAAUAUCUGGGCACCAGUCGAUGCACCCAAUCUUCGUAACCCGCCCUAAUGAAAAUUGAAAGCUGAUAUUUUUAUGGAUCGUGAUCAUGACCUUGAUACUUGAUACACAGUCCUGAUAUUUUCUUCUUCUAAUUUAUCUAUUUCUUUUCUUACUGUGAUUAAUUAAAGAAAAGCAAGUUUAUGAAAGAAAGGGGUUAGCCAGCCUUAGUUGUCAAGAGAGGAAAAAAAUUUUGCAGGACAAACGAUCCAAUACCAAUAGGCCCAAACCACCAAAACAGAGUAGAUGCCAUGCCAGUGCCACCUCCUCCAGCCCAACCUGAGACUGAGUUGCAGCCGGCUUUCUAAGGAAAGCGGAGGACUUCAGUGGCUCGGCGCGAAUAAUAUCUCGUUCAUUCCUGUGGGAGUACUGUGCUCUUGUCGUUUCCUCUUCGCCCUUCAAAUCGCUUGUGUAUCUUUCCAGAUAUGAAGACUGCCACCAGGAGUAAGAGAGCUACAAUAAAGGAAACUAAAGAAGCGUUGAAACCUGUGGAUGAUAGGAAAGUUGGAAAAAGGAAGGUUGCCCCCACAGCAGAUAAAGGAAAGGCGAAGAAGGAACAUAAGGCCAAGAAAGACCCUAACAAGCCCAAAAGACCACCCAGUGCAUUCUUCGUGUUCCUUGAGGAGUUCAGGAAGACUUUCAAAAAGGAAAAUCCUAAUAUCAAAGCUGUCUCAGCUGUUGGAAAGGCUGGUGGUGUGAAGUGGAAAUCCAUGACAAAAGCUGAGAAAGCUCCGUAUGAAGCUAAAGCUGCAAAGAAGAAAUCUGAGUACGAACAACUGAUGAAUGCCUAUAGUAAGAAGCAGGAAAGCUCAGGUGAUGAGAUUGAUGAAGGAUCUGAGAAAUCGACAUCUGAAGUUCGUGAAGAUGAAAAGGAUGCUGACGAGGAGGGAGAUGAUGGUGAUGACAAUGAUGAUACCGAAGAAGAAGAUGAUGAUUGAAGGGUGCACCAUUACUCUCUUGGCUUAUAUGUGGAGUGGACGUUUAAAUUUUAAAAAUAUUGGAAUUUAGGUUAUGUAUAUGGUAGCUCACCGAAUUUGGUUAUGCUGGCCGCAUCUCUGUGUAAGUUGAUCUUUGCUUAAUGUGUAUCUAAAAGCUAUGCUGGUCUGCUGCACCAAGAAGUUAUUGGAACUAGGCAGUAUCACUCGUAUUGCUUUAAAAGUUACCAGACAAUAUUGAUGCCUACACGAAAACAUGUUUCCA